UCCACGCAGAUGGAUCGAGGACGCAGCAGCUAAAGCUAUACGGUUAGCAGGGCUAUCGGGCCCAGGUCGUUCAUUUUGUUCAGGCGGACCUCCGACCGGCAGGGAUUAGAAACGUGCAAGAUCAUAUGUGUGUGGAGGGGGAAAGAGUAGCACAAGAUGGUUCGGGAAACCAGACACCUCUGGGUGGGAAAUUUACCCGAACACGUUCGAGAGGAGAAGAUCGUGGAGCAUUUUAAACGGUAUGGCCGUGUGGAGAGUGUUAAAGUUCUGCGAAAGCGCGGUUCAGAGGGGGGCGUUGCAGCGUUUGUGGAUUUUGUGGAUAUCAAAAGUGCACAGAAGGCUCACAAUGCUGUCAACAAGAUGGGAGACAGAGAUCUUCGGACUGACUACAAUGAACCCGGGUCAGUCCCAAGUGCUGUUCGGGGCCUGGAAGACAGCUCCCCCUCGAGCAGUCGAGAUGUUACAGGAUUCUCUAGGGGUACGGUUGGUCCAGUGUUUGGUCCACCCGUGUCCCUUCACGCCAGAGAGGGACGUUAUGAACGGAGAAUAGAUGGUAGUUCAGAAAGCCGUGAACGUGCAUAUGAUCACAGCCCAUACGGACACCAUGACCGCAGUGGCACUUUUGACAGACAGCGUCACUACAACGCCGAUUAUUACCGCGACCGCUCUGUGUUUGCCACUGCUGGCCCAGGCAGCAGUUCUGUCGGGGGAAGCUUUGAGGCAUCAGACCCGCAUUUUGACUCUAGAAUCCGAGACCCUUUUACUCUUACUAACUCUUCACGACGUGACCUGUACAGAGAUGACAGAGGACGGCGUGUCGAUCGGACCUAUCAUCACCGUCGGAGCCGAUCGUCUCAUUCCUCACAGUCAAGGCAUCCCUCCCCUCAACGGACCACGGGGCAACCCCCCAAAACUCCUCAUUCCCCUAAAAGAGCGCCCUUGUCCCCUGGGAGAGGCCCAAGGUCUCGAUCUCGCAGCAGAUCUUCAAGUUCUGAUUCUGUCAGCAGCACAAGCAGCACGGGCAGCGGCAGUGAUUCAAACAGCAGCUCGAGUGAUGGCUCACAGGCUCGUUCUGUUCAGUCAUCAGCUACACACGCACCACCUCAGUCCUCUAUGGCACUAGAGUCUGAGGAGCCCCGUCGGAGCUUUGGAAUUAAAGUGCAGAAUCUACCAGUACGCUCAACAGACACAAGUUUGAAAGAUGGGCUCUUCCAUGAGUUCAAGAAACAUGGGAAAGUGACCUCAGUGCAGAUCCAUGGAACAUCAGAAGACCGCUAUGGUUUGGUGUUCUUCAGACAGCAAGAGGAUCAAGAAAAAGCCCUUAGUGUCUCCAAAGGAAAGCUGUUCUUCGGCAUGCUUAUUGAAGUCACUGCCUGGAAUGGACCUGAAACGGAGAGUGAAAAUGAGUUCAGGCCUUUGGAUGGGCGGAUAGAUGAAUUCCAUCCAAAGGCCACAAGGACACUGUUUAUAGGGAACCUGGAGAAGACCACCAGUUACCAGCAGCUCCUUGACAUUUUUCAGCGCUUUGGUGAAAUUGUGGACAUUGACAUCAAGAAAGUAAAUGGAGUUCCCCAGUAUGCCUUUGUCCAGUAUUCUGAUAUUGCCAGUGUUUGCAAGGCCAUAAAGAAGAUGGAUGGAGAGUAUUUGGGGGCCAACAGAUUAAAGCUUGGUUUUGGAAAGAGUAUGCCCACAACGUGUGUUUGGCUAGAUGGUUUGUCUGCCAAUAUUACAGAGCAAUACCUCACACGGCAUUUCUGCCGCUAUGGACAUGUAGUUAAGGUUGUGUUUGACAGAUUAAAAGGGAUGGCCCUCAUCUUGUACAACAACACAGAUUUUGCUCAGGCAGCUGUAAGAGAGACCAAAGGCUGGAAGAUUGGUGGUAAUAAAAUAAAGGUGGAUUUUGCCAGUCAAGAGAGUCAGAUGGCUUUCUACCGAUCCAUGCAGGCAUCUGGUCAAGACAUUAGAGACUUCUAUGAGAUUCCUCCUGAACGACGAGAGGAUCGCAGAGCUCCAUAUCAUGAAUUUGCAGCAGAAAGGGCCUACUAUGAGAAUAUACGAACACCUGGCCUCUAUACAGAGGAUACUCGAAGAGACUAUGCUGCCCGCAGCAGAGACCGCUUUCCUGAGCUGGAACAUUAUCAAGGGGAUCAUUUUGACCCACGCUAUCAUGAAGACCCAAGAGACUACAGGGAUUAUAGAGACCCCUUUGAGCAAGACAUCCGAAAAUACACAUAUAUUCAGAGGGAGCGAGAAAGAGAGCGAGAACGUUUUGAGGCUGAUCGUAGCAGGUGGAGCCCUUCCCAUCCAAGGCGACCUAUUAGUCCAACAGUAUCACCUUCACCAUCUGAGCGGGUUCCCAGAGACUCAGAACGAAGGGUUUACAGCCAGUCCUCUGAAAGAAGUGACAGCGUGAGUUCAGUGUCACCACCACAUUUUGACAAAUCUGAAAAGACCCUGCCAGAACAUCCCUCGAAGAGCGAGAAGACCAGCCAGCCAGAUCGUGUGUCUGGAGCUGAGAAAACCAAACGGGCAAAACGGAAAGAAAAAGGCGACAAAUCUGAAAAGUUAAAAUCAAGAAAAGCAAAGGGGCAAUCUCCAUCCAACCCAGUACCUGAAACAGAACCUGAGCCUGGUUUUGAUGGAGGGUCUGGAAGAGGAAGAGGGUCAGACCAGGAUGUCCAUGAAAAACAGAAAUGUAAAGGGGAUGGUGACCUUCUUACUAGUAAUUUGUCAACUGUUCACCAGGAGUCAGUAAAAAGUGAAAGAUCUGAAAUCAUUAAAGGCGAUAGUUCAGACUUAGAUGGGAGAAAUCGACUAAAGAAACAUGUGAAGUCUGAAACUGGAAGUGAUGGGAAAGAUUCGGCAGUGGAUUCAGAUCGUCGUGCUGCAAGAAAAAGGCGGUUUGGUGACUCUGGAGCAGGAAGGACGGCUCGUCAGAAGAGAAACAGGCAUGAAGAGGAGGAUGGUAAUCAGGCUUCUGACUUUGGUGCAAGUGGUACAUAUUUGAAAGAAUUAGAUGCCGACAAACACAAAGAUUCCCAACGGAGAGAUUCAAGACCCAAAAGUGAGAAAAGUGGAACUCAAAAGGAUGGUCAGGAGGACCUUAGAGUACAAAGAGAGAAGUCAGAAGGCUCUUUGGACCCACUGGAGUCCAAACGACAUCUAGGACACACUUCUUCUAGAAGAUUUUCACAAGAGGGUAUUACUGAUCAAAACAGUACAAGAGAACCAGACCACCAUGCUGCUGUCAAAAUUGGUCAGAAUUCUGAAAUUAACAAAAGUGCCAAGAAUAAGGAAGAUCACAUUGACAUUGAUACCUCUCAAAGUUACCGCAAGCAGAUGGAACAAAACAGACGUUUGCACCAGCAGCAACAGCAGCGCGAGUCUGAGAAAGCUGACAAACCAGCAAGUCCCCAAGGAGCUGAAACAGAGGAUUUAGAACAUCGGAGCCUCGUGCAUGAAGUUGGUAAACCUCCUGAGGAUGUCACGGAUAAUUUUCCAUCUCACAAAUUAAAGAAAUUAGACCAAUUUGACACUGACUCAGGGAUAAAAAGAGAGCGCGUUUACAGAAGCUUCAGACAAAAAAGUGAAGAUCCUGAUUGGAACACCAGCCCCCCUCCAGGCCAUUUCUCACAUCAUCCAGAUGAGGACUUUGUGGAACCUCCACAGAAAGACCUGAGCCAAAAUGAUGAAAAACCUCACUCAGAUCUGGAGCUGUUAGUCAAAAGGACACAUAACACACAAGUUAACAAGGCAGGCACUCCUUUCCUCAGUGUGGAAGAAGAGAAGCAAAAGAGAUGGGAGAGCAGAGUUAAACAAGACUUGUUACCUGACCUGAAUUUUUCUCGAAGUCUGAGUAAAAACAUUCACAAUCGCAAGCGUUUGGAAUAUGGUAUUUGGCAUGACUUGGAGCCUGGGGAAGUACGAUCUGACUCUGAAGAGGACAGAGAGACCAAACCCCAUUCUCCUGUGGCCUCCACAUCUAUGCCUUUUUCUGAAAGGCCAAGAGCUGACAGAUUUUCAGACCCCAAACAAGCACAGCUUGAGAAGAACAAAUUCUACUCAUUUGCACUUGACCAAACUAUCACGCCUGACACAAAGGCUCUGCUUGAGCGUGCAAAAUCUCUGUCAUCUUCCAGAGAAGAUAACUGGUCAUUUUUAGACUAUGAUUCUCAUUUUGCAAGCUUUCGCACCAGAAAAGACACUGAAAAGGUGGAAGCAGCACCAAGACCUACACCUUCCUGGUACAUGAAAAAGAAAAAGACUCGAAUUGGAUCAGAAGACAAACUUGAUGAUAGGAAAGAAGAACCUAAGCCAGAGGAACAUGAACGCAGAGAGCUAUUUGCCUCACGCUUCCUUCAUAGUGCGGUCUUUGAGCUGGACUCUAGAAGACUUCAGCACCUGGAACGCAAGCACGAGGAACCUGAGCAAAACUGUCAGCAAGCGACAGGAGAUGGUGAACUUGACUCAGGGCCAGUUGUCCUUUUCCAUAGUCGUUUUUUGGAACUGACACGACUCCAGCAACAGAAAAAUAAAACAGAGCUGCUGAAAGAGGCAAGAGAAGACACCACACCUGCAGAUGAAAACAAAGUAGAAAAAGCACUUGUUGAAGAGCAGCAAGCUCUGCAGUCACCUGAAACAACAGAAAGUACCACAGAGGCAGAAAUUAAACCAAUCAGCCCUGCUGAAGACCUGGUUCCUGAACCCAGGCUGGAACCAACUUCUGUCACUCAAACUAUGGUCAAGGACUUUCUUCCAUCUGAUGAGAAAUGUGUUUUGCUAAGUCCACCCCAUGAAACGUGUCCCCUUGUGUCUUUCAAAAAAGAACAGGAAAAGGAUAAUGAACAUGUUGCAUCCAUGCAGCACCCAACAAAUGAGACGACAUCAGAUUCUCUGCCUGUACCUGUUAUACCAUCCGAACCCAACUAUUCAGUGAAUAGAGAUAGACGUUCUCCGUCUGAGGUGAAGAUGGAUAUUGUUACUGAAGAUGUAAAACCUCCAGUCACAGAACAACCGUCCCACGAGUCUCAUGAUGAGCUUGUUAGUAAUUCAGAACCAGAGCUGGAUCCUGAGGCAGUACAACCAGAAGUACCUGAGGCUGGUAGUCCAGUACAGCCUAGUAUUGUCGAGCAGGUGGAAGUACCCAAAAAAGAGACUCAUUCCAUUUGUAAAACAGGAGCAGAGAAUGAAGGUGAGAAGAAACAUCAAGCUUGUAAAGUGCAGGUGCCUGUUGACAGUGACAGAAAUGAUGAACCAGCCUUAUCUCAGAAAGAAAAUAAAACAAAAGAGAUAAAAAAUAAAAAGUAUAAACAAUCUCCUGCACAAGUUGCUUCUGUUCCUGUAAGUUCUGCCACUGUUUCUGAGAAACAAGCAACACGCAAGAGUGAGCGCAUUGACAGAGAGAAGCUGAAACGUGGCUCAUCCCCAAGAGGUGAGCCAAGGUCCACAGGCAGAUCUCCAAUUCAUGGAUCAGAUCCCGAUGCAUCUGAGCAGAGCAUACCAGUAAGUAGAGCAAGACGAAGAAAUGUUAAAUCUGUCUAUGCCACCCCAGUUGAAGAUGAUACACCAGUUCGUACUGGAAAGGAUAUCGCAGAGUCGCCACGCUCUGUGCGAAAGCGUGGUACGGACAGAGAUGCAAUACAACAAAAUACUGAUCCUGAUCCACCAGCUCCAACUCCUGCGGCUAAACGUGGCCGUCCUCCCAAGAAUCGCAGACAAGGUGAGGAAAGUUCAACUGCUAAAGUAGAAAAAUCUAAGGACAAUAAAGACACAGAUUCAAAUGAAUCAGAAAGCGGUGAACGAAUUCCAAGAAUGUCAAAAGGUAGAACACCCCCUCGUAUCACAAAGGGUUCAUCAAAUCAGAUGUCCACAUCCCUAGGGUCUGGAUCAACAAGGAAGGGGGACAAAGCUGAUGCAGUUGAUGAUGAUUAUCAGGAAAAUGAUUUCACAGAUGAAGAUACCUUAGCUUCGCAUGACUCAUCAGGUUCAGGUAAAGAAGAUCCAUCGCUGAAAAUUGAUGAAAAGAGAGAGGAGAAAUCCAAACAAGCUGCAGAAUUAGGGAAAGGUAAAGAUGUUCCGCAUGAAAAAGUUUAUGAUGACAAAUCAAAUGGAAAAGAAACAGAUUGCUCCAACGUGGAAGAGAAACCCAUCUCAGAAAAAGACAAGACUGUUAGAGGAAAAGCAAGAAAUUCCAAGUCUCCUGUUCUCAAGAACCUCAAAAUCAGACUGAAUGUCACAGAGGUGAAAGACCUCCUUCAGUUAGGUGAAGAAGAACUUGGGAAUCCAGACGAUUCAUCAAAAAGGCUUAAACACAGUGACCACAGUGAACAGGUUUCAAAGUGCACAAAUGCAAACAAAGUAGGCUCCAGCAAUGAAGAAAAUGAAAAUGCAUCUUCAGAAAAAAUGGAGCUCCUGGGAACAUCAAAAAAUGUUAUUUCACAGGAGCUAGAACUGGAGCAGGCUGUAGAGAACAUUGCUAAACUUACAGAUCCAACCUUUCCAACAGAACCACCAACACCGCCUGUCCCACAUACAGGUGUAAAAAAUGACCCAGAGGAAGAAAAACCUUCUAAUCCUGCCAGUGAGUCAGAACUUAUGGCUGCUAUUGACUCAAUAACCCAGGCACCUCCACUAAGUGCAGAUAUAGGCUCAGAACCUGAGAUUCAAGACUUUGUCCAGGCUGAUAAGGAAGAUGAACCUGAGACAAAUAUAUCCUCUAUGCAAGAGGACCCCACCUUCCCAAACACACCUAAGAAGGGCUCCAAGGGAAGACCUAAAACACCUAAACGUUCUAAAGGCCAGAAGCAAGUAAGAAAGGAUUUGAAAGAUGGACAUUCAUUAAGUGAGGAACUGACAACCCCAUUAACAGAUAGCACAGCUUCUGAUACAAAGGUUGUUUCUGAGGCGCCUGCAGCUGCAGUGCCUACAGCUGUAGCAACUGCAGCAGUUAUUACCCCUACUACUUGGAAGACAGAACCUGAGCCUUCAGCUGUCAAAGCUACAGAUGUAAACACAGAGACAGCAUCAUCUUCUGAAGAACAGAUUCAACAUCUUAAAUCUGUUUACCCACAGUCUAAGAGUCCAAUAUGCACAAAGCCACAGCAGUUGCCACCUGAAUGCAUCUCCCCAUCUCUGUCACCACUAGCUAACAGACCAAAUGUGAGACCCAUUCAAACAAGCAGAAAUCCUGUUUCUCCACCAGACUGGCGCCAUCAGUCUAAGGAUACUGGUGUUUCUUCCUUACCGGUCAUGCAGUUACCAGCAAAGGAAAACCAGCCUUUACCCUCAGAGUCUGAAAACAUGGAUAUUGAUCAUGGCACAAGCGACUUGAGACAGAUUUUAAUCAAACAUAAAACUGUUUCAUUACCAGGCAGCAGUUCUGUUUCUAGUAAUCUGCAAAACCUUCGAGAUCAGAACCCAUCUGAAAGUAAUACUCAGCUCGCAGCCAUUGUGCCAAAUAAGUCAUCGCUGCCUGAUAGUAAAAUGCCAGUGCACUCUGUCCCACCUAUUGUUAGAUCUCCACAAACUCUAACAACUCCCGAGGCAAAGUCUGUGAUCUCCGUUAUUGCAUCUACUGCCACGUCUGUUAUCAGUCGUGUUUGCAAUCCUCCUGAGCCUGAAGACAAAAUGAACGUAAGCAUUGGGAAUCCCUGUGUUGACAUGCCGAUAACCAAACCAACUUAUAGGUCCAGCAAAGAUGAUGUUGGAUCAUACCCCGGGCUACCUGCUGGUGAUGAGGGAGGAAGUGCCGCACGUUUCAUUGUUGACAGCUCCACUCUUAGUACUGGAUCUUGCCCGGGUCUGAGAGUAAAUACAUCUGAAGGAGUGGUGGUACUGAGUCACUCGGGUCAGAAAACCGAGGGACCCCAGCGGAUUAGUGCAAAGAUUAGUCAAAUCCCACAAGCAACAGCAGGUGAGAUGGAAUCUCAACAGCUGGUGUCUAUGCCCAAGCAGGAUAUGUAUUCCCAUUCAGGGCUUCAAAAGGGGCCUUCAUCCCAGACAGAUCAUGGACAUCCUGGUAAACACCAGUCAGGAUUGUCUUCUAUCAAGCAAGAAAGCACUGGUUUGGAAAAGAUGGAUUCCGCUUACCAGUCUGGACCUCAGGGAGUAGUAAAGCGUCUGCCACAAAGCAACCAGCAGGUAAUGGGUUACCAUCAAGAUUACAUGCCAUUAAAACAUCCAAAGAAAAUGGAUAGUGCUGAUCCUCAUGGUACGGAUGGAACCAAACCACCGUGGACCUCUGCUGUAAGCCCCGCAAUAAGCCCCCAUUUGCCCUCUCCACCUGGAAACCAUGUAGGUUUUGUUACAACAUCUGGUGAAAGAACUCCUUCACAUCUCGGUGGGGUCAAACAGGAACCACGAUCCCCACGAAAGUCAGGCCACCCACACGCUCCAUUUGUCUCUUCACCCAUAGGUUCCUCAUCACCCAAGGGUAUUUCAGUUAUGUUAUCCACUAGCCAUCCUGCCAUGCAACAGUUUAUUACUGGCGUACAUCAUCCCGAGCAGUCGGUUAUCAUGCCACCUCAUAGUGUACCUGGAGGUUUGGGACGAAUGUCUCCUCACUGUGUUACCCAGUCAAUUCCAGUGGGGCAUCUAGUCCAGGGAGAUGUCAGAGUGAAUACUCCACCCCUCUCUGUGAUGAGCUACGGCAUGCACAGUGAGUCUCUUGGCUCCCCUUGGUCUGGUCCCAUGCAGCCACGGUCUACAUCACCUCAGGCUGUUGGCAGGGACAAGGUUCUUAAAGUAAACCUUGGUUCUUUGAGGAGUCAUGAGGGGGAACAGGAAGAAUCAAGACACUUCCACCAGACAGGAAGACCAUCUCCUGCACCUUUGAAGCUGGAGACUCUGCAGCCUGAUCCUCGUGGGGCUUUGCGGAGCAGCAGCCAUUUGGAAACAUACAUGACACAGAGAGAUAUGCGUGUGCUUUUACAUCAACAGGGGGAGCGUUCGACCACAGACUCUCAUUCUGGACACAUUCAGGAGACCUCUCUAUCACCAAGAACACAUGUUUUGCCUAAAAGUGUGUCUGAUAAGGAUAUAACAAAGUCCUUAGAGGCAAAGAGGCCACACUCUCCUCUUCCUAAGGAUGGAUUGAUGGGAAUCAGACAGUCUGGACAAGCAAUGGCAUCUCCCCAGAGGGUUCAGCUGAUGCCUCCUGGACCUAGUGGCUCAUUCUCAGAGUACCCAGGGAUGUACUCAAACCCAAGAGGAAUCCAUUCUCAAAUGCCAGAGUCAUCCCCUGUUGGACUUAACCAGCCACCAAUGAACGUCACACCAGCUGUGGGUGCAGAACUCCAGACAAAAGAUGGCAAGAUGACACAGCCUGUUAAUAUGGUACAGUUACUCACGAAAUACCCUAUUGUGUGGCAAGGGUUGCUUGCACUGAAGAAUGACACAGCUGCAGUCCAGCUGCAUUUUGUCUGUGGCAACAAAGCUUUGGCUCAUCGAUCACUGCCACUGCAAGAAGGAGGUGCAUUGCUUAGGAUUGUCCAGAGGAUGAGACUGGAGGCUUCACAACUGGAGAGUGUAGCCAGAAGAAUGACUGGAGACACAGAGUACUGUCUUCUCCUUGCUCUGCCUUGUGGACGAGAUCAAGAUGACGUCCUAAACCAAACUCAAGCGCUUAAGGCAGCGUUCAUCAAUUACUUGCAGACAAAAUUGGCUGCUGGUAUCAUCAACAUCCCCAACCCGGGUUCCAAUCAGCCCGCCUACGUGCUACAGAUUUUCCCACCGUGUGAGUUUUCAGAGAGCCACUUAUCCCAGCUCGCUCCAGACCUUCUCAACAGGAUUUCGAACAUCUCGCCACACCUCAUGAUAGUCAUCACCUCUGUGUGACCUUAACUGCUGGGAGCUGUCCCAUUGAUGGAUCUUCUCGUUGAUGAGCCUCAGGAAGCCAGAGGAUAUUCAGUUUUUUCCUGGACACAGUGGGAAUGUGUAGGAUAAAUCCUAUCAACACAUUUUUCUUUUUUCCUUUUCCCAUCAGUCUAUUUUUUUUCUCUUCUCUCACCACUCCUGUCUGGUAUAUUUGUCCUUCUCAAAAGAACUCAGGGAUGGAUCAAACCAGAACGAGUCUUACUUGAUCAUUUCUCUGCUGUAUUUCUAUUUAUUGGAGUUUUAUUUUAAUCUUCGGAGAUGCUCUGAAGGAGGGAGAAAAAAAAAAAAAGGAUGGGUGAUGAACAAGAAUUUGGUGACUCCAAGGGGCCGGUUUCGUUCAUCUGUCUUUUUAUUGAUUGUCAUUCAUUGGUUCACAAACGAGGAUCGUUGAAGCUGACGUACCUCAACGGCAGAACAGACAUUUCAGCGUGUAAUUUUUAAUUAUGUACAGACUUCCUCGCCCAGGCUUUUCUUUAGAGGAAGGAGGAUUAACUUGUAAAACUUUGGAGAACCUGUAGAAGACUCAUUUAACAGCUCCCUUAACUCCACCAGCUCUGCUCAUUUUCUCACACUACUGAAGCAGUUUACCCCUCUGUCACCUGCCUUUGCAUUGAACAAGCUACAGUUUAAUUUGGGAGUUUUUGAAAGCAGGACUUUGUAAAUAUUUUAAAUAUUUAAAAGGAAUUAAAAAAAAAAAACAUGAACACAGCUCGGACAGCCUUCCAGAGAGACUUGGACUCUGGGACAUACCAGAACACAGAGGGUGGAAAUGUAGAUGGACAGAUCUUUAAUUUUUGGGUGUAAAUACUUGUAACAGAAGAAGGUUGGCAAGCUCUUGUGAGUGGAGUCUGCUGAUGGCACUUCAUAUUUUGUAACUCAAAUAAACUCCAGAAAACCUGGAUAUCUAA